AAUUUGUCACCCCAUAGUCUCCAUCAGAUAUGGAAUCUGCUAUUAUUUGCCACCCGUUUCCCUAUGUUUCCAAAGGAUUUCAAAGUGCAAGGCCUAGCCUCAGGUUUAACCAUGCCACUCCUCUUUGUCUCCCUCACUUUUCCACCUCCAGAAGCCCAGUUACACGUUCAUUGAGCCAUGCAACUUGCAUGGUUGAAAGAUUCUCUGAGUCCUCCCAUAACAAGGGAAGUGGUGGCAACAAAAUUUUGAGAGGAAUGACAGGAGCUUCUCUGGUUCUGGCAUGUGUUCUUGGAUUGUUAAACUUUAGUGGCAAGAUGAAUCCUAAACUCACCAUAGCUUAUGCUUGUGAAUCUGGUACUAAAUAUAAUACAUCUAUGUUGGAGAACACAGGAAGGUUUGUUCUGGAGUCACUGUUGCAAACAAUGAGAGAAGCAGGAGCCUCAAGUAAAGAUUUUGGACCCAGCCCGGAUGAAGUUAACACCCUCAAGAUGCUUGCUCUCCGUCAUUGCAAAUCCGGGAUUGUACCGAAAGCACUGGAACUAAUGAAAGAACAAUAUGAAUACUGCAAGAAGAUUAAUAGCCCAGACUCACUUGACAGUCUGGGAAUGGCUCUUGUAGAACUUCUUAUGUUUCAGGAAAACUAUGAGGAAGCCCGUAAAUUGCUUGAUAAGCAAAUUGAUCAACUAUUCGCAGUAGAGAAGAGGGAUCACAUAACGUCAACCACUAAUCAGAAGUCAGACAUACUAUUGAAUCUUUACGAAGAGGCUGAACCUAAUGGUUAUGAGAAAGUCCGGAUAGCUAAACUGAUACUUUACAAGGCCAUUGUACACACCGCAUUGGAAAAUAAGAAAGGCUGGAGGAAAGGUGAAAUCCGUGUGCAGGCCAUUGCACAAUCCAUGUUGGAUAAUAAAGCAUGGCCGAAAGAAAAGGAAGCAGUGGAAUGGAGGACAACAUUCAAUAAAAUUGAUAAUUAGGGUGUGACUUGUGAGGGUCAUGUUGCUACCUAAGAGAAUAAUACAACACAGAACCAUUUCAUUCAUUCGUAACUUCUUAUAUUUUCUUUUAGUUAGUUGUAGAAAUCAUAUUGUAUAAAUACUGUAGUAACCCAAUUUCGUCCGGGAAAUGUCAAUUUUUGUUUAAAAAAAAUAGAAAAAAAGGUAUAUUCAAAAAAGAAUAAAAAAGACAAAAAUACGUAAGUCAAAUGUAACACCUCAUUGUUUAUA